AUGCCUGUGGCAGAAUUAAACUCUGCAAAAUGGAUCAUUAGACAAUACGGUAGUCAGUUGGCAGAAGACCAAACAUCUAUUUGUAGUUCAACGUUGUUUACUUGUUCGACAGGUUCAGUCCCUCAUAUCACUAAAAUAAACUUUAAUGUUUACCCAUCAACUAGUACUGGUUUAUCACCUGCAGGUUUAGGAUUGAGUGCCUUGGAAUUUCCUCAACUAACAAGUUUGUACAUUGUAGCUAUUUUAGUUAAGACACCAUCAUUCAAUCUUUUGAGUUUUCUCAGCAAUAUGCCUUUAUUGACAAAGAUUGAAAUCUAUCAGGAUACAUCGAUUACUUCAAUCCCAACGACCUUUCCCAUUGAAGCGGGACUGUCGGCUCUCAAUUAUCUGAUGAUUGCAGGAUCGACCAUCCAACCACCAGCGACCUUUGAUUUUGGAAAUACGAUUGAAAGGUUAGACAUUGCAUUUACAGGAGCCGUGAUCAAUGAUCUUACACCACCCCACCCAAAUUUGCGCUCUCUUACCUUGAGUAUGAGACUUAUGUCAUCUCUCUUGCUAGAAUUUACAAGUUCAUCAUUCCCAAUGCUGAACCAGCUCAUCCUUUAUCCAACAUCAACAUCAACUGAAUCACUGACUGUAGAUAUAAGUGUAAUGUCAUUGAAUAAGGUUGUCUUUUCUGGUUCCUCUCAAACAACUGCACGUUUUAUAGAUACAAGUUAUAUUACUGAUUUGACUGUAUUGGGAUACUCAAACAAUAUUACACCUUUAUUAAGUGGUUUCAAAAAUCUUACAAAUUUGGUAACAAAUUCUUCUCCAUUGACAACAUUCCCACUUUUAGUAUAUCCUGAAACCCUACAAACUUUAACAUCAGCAAACAGUGAUUACACUGUUUUCCCAAACAUCCCAAUUUAUAAUGUUAGAAAAUUAGAAUUACCAGGAAACAAUUUUCAAGGUGAAAUCCCUUGGACUGCAUUUAAUAAUGCAAAUAAUAUCGAUUUGGAUAUAUCAAACAAUCCAGGGUUAACAACUGCCAUUCCAGAAUCAUUUUGUAAUAAUAGAAUACAUAUUACAGAGUGUCCUGGUAUCACCGUUGUACCUGAAUGUUUUCUUUGCUACCAAAGACAUACUCAUAUGAUGGUGUAUACUAUAGAAGGUUACGGUAUCAUUCGAGGCGAACGGAUAGGCUACGGAAACUUUGGGUCAGAUUUUGGUCUAUACCCAAUGAUUCCAAACAAACAGUUAGGGUACAUUACUAAUGGCCCACCUGUUGAAGGUCCAGCAAAAAAUGUUUCUAUUCAAUUGGAUUCUUUUUACCCAGAAUAUACUUUCAACUUUACAGUGCUUGAAGUUGGUAUAGCAGUGGUACCAGGAACCGUUGAGUUUAGACAAUUGCCAAGCAAGGUUGUUCAAAUAUCGAUCAUGGUUACAUUUAUCAAUACAUUUAUUCCCCAUAGCGUCAAGGUGAACAACACAAUUGAUUGCAUUAUUGUGGGUCAAUUGAUGAGUGGUCAGUUAUUGACUUGCAAUGUCACUGCAUACGAAAUGUCACUAAAUCAAAUUUGGCAACUAAAGAUAUUCAAUUCUAAUUUCAAUAUUAACACAUCUUUUAACUUGACAUCAUUUUAUCCGUCAAAUGUUUUGUUAACUAGUAUAGCUUUGCUACAUAAUUAUACUCAAGUUGGUUCAAUUUAUGAGUUCAGUGGGUUUUUCGGGAAUAGUUCUCUCGAUCAAGUUGCGGUAUACUUUAAUGGUGAUCAAUCCAUUUGCAGUCCUGCACACUAUACAUCUUCGGUAUUAAGAUGUAUCAUUAAAAAAAAUUGGUAUUAUGAUUUUGGAUUGACAAAUAUUACAGUAUCGGUUGAAGGAUUUUUAUCUGACCCAAUAAUGGUCAAUUUGACAACACCUCAAAAUUUAUGCUUUUUCGAUGGUGGUUGUUCAUCAGGUAAUGGAGCUUGUGAUAUUAAUGGAACUUGUAUUUGUAAUACUGGUUAUUAUUCUGAUAAAUGUUCUCAGAAAUAUCCAAUUUUUAAAUCAGGAGAAUAUGAUAUAAAUGAUAGAAAAUUGAUCAGUAUCUAUGGUGAUUUCGGACCAUUCAAUCAAACUAUUGUAUCAAUCACUUUGAAUAAUACUGAUUGUCAAGUUACAUCAAAAUCACAAACAUUGAUUAAUUGUACAUUGGUCAGUGAACCAACUGAUGGUUUGGCUUUGGUCAGAUUGACUGUUGAUAAUUCAACAAAUAAUGGAAAUAAUUGGAUUUAUUUUAAACCUUCAUCACAGUCAUCUGGUUCAGGAUCCGAUAGUAAUGAUGUAACAUGUCCAUUUAAUUGUUAUGGUCAUGGUCAAUGUAUCAAUGGGAAAUGUAAUUGUGACACUGGAUAUAGUUCAAUUGAUAAUUGUUUGACAAAAACAAGCAACCACACAAACACACCCAAUACAACAUCACCAACAACAUCAUUUGAUAUCGAUGGAAUUGAUUUCCAAUUUGAAAUGAUUGCCAUUCAAGAAAUAGACACUGAUGAUAAUAUCAUCAACGAAGUAUUGACAAACAGUUGGAAUUCAACAUUAACAUUGGAUAAUCAAACACAAACAACAACAGUCAACUAUCAACUCAACAACAGUGAUACAACAGCACUAGUAACAGCAACGAUAUCAUUCUCACAACAACCAAGAGACAUUCAAUUUGGUUCACAACUACUUCAUAUCGAUGCCAAUUCAAUCAAACUAUCAGUCAACAUUAGUAAUUGGACAUUCAACACAUUCUUGACAACACUCAGAGUCAUCUUCAAAACAACCAUCAACAAUGACCAAUCAAUCGAAUUUGAUUGUCAAGAUAUUAAUAUUGAUACACUCAGCUACGAUCAACUAUCCAACUCUAUUCAAUAUCUACGUGUGGUAAAAGAUAAUAUUCAAUUCACAGGUAGAUUUAUCGAUUAUGUAUUAUCUGAUGGAAGACCAACUUUCUCUAAAACAUCGAUUGUCAACAAAACUGCUUCAUUAGAUGAUCAAUCAACUCUAUUAAUUGGAAUUAGUAUGCCACAAUCAUCAGAAAGCAUCAUCGAUCCAGAUUUCACACCAUUAUUAGUUGACAAGAAUGCUGAUAGUGGAUGUGACAAUAAAUCGAAUACAUGGAGAAUCAUUGUUGGUGUCGUUGUCGGGUUCAGUUGUUUAGCUGCCGUUGCAGUAGCAUCGAUUAAUCAAACUCGUAUUCAAGUACUCGUAAUUUGGUUUGGUAUUUCCAACAGCGAUGAGGUAUUUCUUGGUAAGCAUUCCAAAAUCGGUAUCACCAAUCUUCACAUUGAAAGGAUAUGUGUCAGAUCGUCUGUUCAAGAUAUGGAGUCUGACCUUGGAUGA